GUCACGUAGCGCGACUGGUGUGGCGCCUCACGCGCGGAGUGGGAAUGCAACCAUUUCGGGAUCCCGCGUGCUGCACGAGAUGGAGAAACGAACAGUUGGCGUCGUAGGAUUUGGACACUUGGGCCAGUACCUAGUGGACCAAAUACAAAAGCAGCCAAAUUUAGAACUUGCCUUUGUGUGGAACCGAAACAUCAGUGCCUUGUUUGGCAAAGUGGAGCCAGACAACAUUUUGACAAAUCUCCUUGACUUCAAAGAUUUUGGCCCUGAUCUAAUUGUUGAAGUGGCUCACCCAAGUGUAACACAUGAAUAUGGAGCAGCCUUUUUGGCUGCAGCUGACUUUAUGAUUGGUUCACCAACUGCCAUGGCAGCUCAGGAGACUGAAGCUGCUUUGAGACAGGCUGCACAAGUCCAUGGCCUCUAUGUCCCAAGUGGAGCCUUUUGGGGAGGUGAAGAUAUCAAGAAAAUGGCAGAUAGAGGAACUCUGCAGGCUUUGAAGGUGACUAUGAAGAAACACCCAACCAGCUUUAAGCUGGAAGGAGAGUUGGCUGAGCUGAAUAAGUCUGUGAUGGAUAACCCAGUUAUUUUGUACGAAGGUAGUGUAAGAGGGUUGUGUCCGUUAGCUCCUAACAAUGUCAAUACCAUGGCAACGGCAGCCAUAGCUGCUCACAACUUGGGUUUUGAUCAUGUUCAGGGCUGUCUCGUCUCUGACCCCAGUUUGGUAGACUGGCACAUUGUAGAGGUUGAGGCUUGGGGACCAGGGGACAUGAAGUCAGGUAAAGCAUUUCGCACCCACACUGUCAGGCACAAUCCUGCAGCCACAGGAGCAGUGACAGGCAGUGCCACAUAUGAGUCCUUCCUGUCCAGCCUACUGGGUGCUCAUAGCAAAGGUCCAGGAGUCCAUCUUUGCUGACCCCUGAUCUCAGCAGGAUUUAUUCCUUGGUGAUGGUUCGUGUGAGAAGACGACUAAGAAUGUUGAAUGUGAAAUUCAAGAAAGCUGUUGACAUGUAUUCUUAGCAUGAAUCAGCAUUAUUUAGAAAUUAUGAAAAGCCUAACCACAUUUCUCACUAUUUUAUCCUUUGAUACUAUUUAGAAAAAAAUAUUCAGAACUGAAUACACUAUGAAUACCAACUU